AUGAGAUUGAAUGAGUUUGCGGCUAUUUCCACGACAAAAGCGCUCCUCGUGCCUUACGAGCGCCGCCAUGUGUUGACAUACCAUGCCUGGAUGGAAGAUCCGGCCAUCCAAGAAGCGACCGCCUCGGAGCGCCUCUCACUCGAAGAAGAAUACGAAAACCAGGGAUCCUGGCGCGCCUCGCACGACAAGCUGACCUUUAUCAUUUGCCAACCUCUUCCACAAGGCGAACAUGGCACAUCCCUUUGUGCCGGCGAGUCUGAUGCCCCUGAGAGGAUGGUGGGCGACGUCAACCUCUUCUUGUACCCCUAUGAGGAUGAGGGCGAGGACCAGCUCCCGUCUGAGACCCUCGAUUUCUGCGUCGGUGAAGUCGACAUCAUGAUAGCCGACCAGCAACACCGCGGCAAGGGAUUUGGUCGCGCAGCGGUGCAAGCGUUUCUUCAGUACAUAUAUCGCCACCGGGACGAGAUCAUGCAAGAGUAUGCUGAGGACAAGGACGUACGAACGCCGCCGAAGUUGAAGCUGCUCAUGGCCAAGAUCAACAAGGGAAAUGCGAAAAGCAUUGCUCUGUUUAAGAGCCUUGGCUUCGCCCAGGAGGGCGAAGUGAAUUACUUUGGCGAAGUCAAACUGGUGCUCCCCAGUCGGGUACUUACCCUCCGUCAUUCGGGGGGGUUCGCAUUGGAUCUUCCGGAGGGAUACUCAGAGCUGGUCUAUUCCAAAGAUCAAAAUCAAGACGAGAAGCGAUAG